AUGCAGCUGGCCCAGGACGAACGGUACGGGAUUUCCCCGGCAAGGAGGCAUUUUCCGGAGGGGUCCGCGCAGUCCCAGCUUGCCCUGACGAGGCAGGUGGGCGGGAUCGUGGUAGACCUGCUGGUGCAGCUGUGCGGCGGCGACGGAGGAGCUGUUGUGGUCGGGAUGAUGUCCCAGGCCUUCCCCGCAGGAGGAAACUUCUUCGUUGCCCUGGAGCUCUUGUCGUCCAGCCACGUGGAGACCAGGGUCAGCGCCAUCAAGCUGCUCAGUCUCAUGCUGGUGAGGAAAGGAUACGACGGUAGGCGACCUUCGACCUCGAACUUCUUUUCGUCGGACGACUCCAGCACCGGCGGGGGCGUGCGGCCGGGAACGGACCCCCAGGCGCUCCGCGCCUUCGAAAAGCUCGGCGGUUUCGCCGCCAUGGGGCGCCAGCUGGAGUUGCACACCACCUGCCAGGCCGUGUGCGACGCCCUGAUGGGCAUGAUUUUCGGCGCCUGGGGCUCGAAGCACGAACCCCGGCCUAUUCGAGAGAAGGACGUGCUGGCCAUCAAGGGCAACAAGGAGUCGUGGUUGAGAGCUUGGUGGAGCAGCUACUCGAGCCCUCCCGAUGACGAAGCGACUAAUGCCACCAACCACAACAGCAGCGCCAACUCCAUGGCGGCCGGCGCGGCCGCAUCCGCAAGAUCAACAACAGCCGAAGGCUGCAGCAGCAGCAGCACGUCCAUAGUAGACCGGAUCAGGUCGACGGCGGUGGGGGCAACUUCCUCCGGAAGCGCACCCGCGACAAGCUCUGUCGACCAGAACGGGCCCGAGAGUGUCCAGCCUCCCGAUGCCGGAGCGCCGCAGACGCUUGCCCCAGCGUUGGACACGAGCUGGCACGAGCAAGAGGGCGGUGACGAGGGAACGGUAGUGCCGGAAUCUGACCAAGAUUGCCGCUCGGGAGUUGCCGCCGCCGCCCCCGCUCCUGCUGCCGCACGAACCGGCGGGCAGGGUGAAAAUAACCAAGCGGUCAACGGUGAGUGUGCAGCGGUGACGACGACGACACUCCCCGGAAGCGCCGCCAAGCCGGGGAGGUUCGCCGCUCUCAUGAAGCCGAAGGCGGACACCGGCGGGGGCGCCGUGGCCGUCGGAGCCGAAACGGGGGCCGGGGACAGCAGCCCCGGAGAAAAGGAAGACACGAGCUUCUUGUCCGGCUUGUUCCGGCGGUUGAGCAUCGAACCCUCUGGAGGAGGGGACGACAAGUCCGCGGCGGCGGCAGAAGCAGCAGCAGCAGCAGCAGCAGGAGGAGGAGGAGGAGGACCCCGAAUUUUCGGCAAGGUGUUCCCACCGUCCUCAGCGGAGCGCGACGCCGGGGUGGCGGCGGCGAAGCCACCACCGUCCUCGUCGACGAAGAAGAAAACCGCCGCAGAAAUGCCGGCUUCGUCGCCGCCGCCGGAGGAGAUCUUCGACCCGCCGCUUCCGACCGAGGCAACACGCGAAGCAGCAGCCCGCCAGGCAGUGGAAGAAGAUCAGCCGGAACAGGAACACGGGGGGGACACCAACGGCGGUGACGACUCCGAGUCGCUGAGCCUGGUCCUCCCCGAGGCGGUGGAGGUGCUCAUGAGAGCCCUCCAGCGCGCGCAGUCCCCCGCGGUGGUCUCCCGGUGCUUGCUCCAGCUGGAGAGCGCCGUGGCUUGGCUGCCGGCGGCCGGGCCCGCCGCCCCCGAGUCGGCCGCCGGUCGGAACGGCGGUAGCGGCGGCGGGGAUGAUGAAGGCACGGGUGGGUCGGCCGUUGGAAAGGCUUCCGCCGGCGGCGGCGGCGGUGGCGGCGGCGGGGCUUCGCGAAAAAGGGCCAGGAACACAGACGGAGGCGACCGCGAGAGAAACGCGGACGCGCUCAUGUCUCGGCAAGGGUGGCUCUCGUGGUGCCAGCGGCUGGUGGAGGCGUUCUCGGCAAGGAACGACAGCGGGGACCUCUUGCCGCCGGCGAGGCGGGGCGGGGGGAACUUCGGCGGGUACGGAGGAAAUGACGGUGCAGACGGCGGGGGAGGCGGCGUGAGCGACCGGUGGGGGGGGGUGGGGGGCUCCGAGGUGUGGGAACCGGGGGGGUAUAUGGACGACUCGCACUCAGAGACGACGGACACCGGCAGCGCGUUCAGCUACUUGGAGUCGAUCUCGAUGGGCCAGUCCGUGGUGCCAGACGGUGGCAACGGUGCUCUUGAGGCCUUCACCGGCCCCGUCUACGGCCUCGUGGCCGCCUUGCUCGAGCAGGACAUGGCGAGACCCGCGCGACACAAGCGAGGGCACCGUUUCCGCGAGCUGUUUUACCUCUCAAACGGCAAAAGCUUCCAGGCGGCGGUGCUAGAAGACGCUCUCGAUGCCGUGCAAGACAGCCCCAUGCUGUCUACGGAAGGCGUUCAAAGCUCACGCCCAGCGUCGAGGGCGGGAGGGGGAGGACCGGCGGCUUCUCUGGACGCAAGGGGCGAAGAGAGCGUGCAGAGACUCGAGAGCUUGAGAGAGCUGCUUGUCGCUGCUUUGCAUCACCAUCCCGAUCUUCCCCUGGGUCUGUGCGUCAAGGGCGUUCACACGAUCAACCUGCUGGGGUACCACGGCUCUCAUGAGGCGAGGAGCAGGAUGAAGUCGGUGGGGCUGCUCCGGGCACGAGACGACCUCGUCCGCCGGUGCCUCUUCCACCCCGUCGCGGCCGCGUGGGAGAUAGUGUCGGCCUUGUCGCAGGUGGAGGAUGCUUUGGAGACGCUCGUGUCACAGCACGGAGAGAAGUCGGGCGGCGAGGCUGAGACUGUCGCCGCAGGGGAAGUCGCGGUGCAGCUGCUGCAUCUCUUCGUCGAGGUGACCGUCGCCGUCGUGUCCCAAGCCACAACGACAACAGCAACCGGCGGCGGCGGCGUCUCGUCCCCCGUCGCACGGCGCAACUCGGCCGCGCUUGCGGGGCGGCGGGCGACGCAGGUCGCCGCGGCGCGCGCCCUCGGGCGCGUGGCGGUGGCAAGCCCCGUCUGCCGCAGCACGGUGAUCCGACUCGCGAGGCACCAGCGGCUGCUCGUCCGCUUGCUGCCGGCGCUCCGCUGCCCGCUGACCAUCGAGGAGGUCGAGGCUAUCGAGCUUGGAAACAUACCAGAGGCUUUGCCGUCGCUUUCGGGCAGCAGCCGCUGGUCCUUGGGAUCGCUGAGCCUUCUCCCUACGUCUACAGCACCAACGUCGGUGUCUUGCAUAUCAGAUGAUGCCGAGGGUGAACAGGAGACGCUCGCAACGCACCAGACGGCUCCCCAGUCCCCUCAGCGCAACAAGAUCGUCUUCCCUCCGACGCCCCCCCCCUUCAACAGCGCCACUGCGGGCUCGUGGCCACCUUCUGUACCCGGGGGCAGCAUGUCUUCCUGCUUCGCCGGCUCUUCGGGGGCGGCGGGCGGUGCCGCCGACGGUGCCGCCGGCAAGGGCGGGGCCAGCGGGGGCGGUGGCGCCUCGGCGGCGAAAACACCUUCCGCCGGCGGUGGCGGCGGCGGAGCGAAUCCGUCAUCGCAGUUCCGACUACACGAAGUCCUCGAAGAGGACGAGGGCGAAGAGCAAGGGCGCGCGGCCUCGCGAGUGGCCGGAGGAGAGGAAGACACGGCGGUGGUAGCUGAGGAGGAGGCGGGCGCCGGGUCCGAGCCGGAAGCGUCCGCGUUCAGGAGGAGGCCACGCCGAAGAAGUAGCAGCGACAUCACCAACGGUAGUGUUGGCGGUGCCGGUGCAAGCGGGGCGGUUGCUUUGCCUAAAUCACGGCCUGCAGGCGGCGGCGGGUCUUGGCAUGAUCCAAGCGGCGGCGGACGUGCGAGCGACGGGUUUAACGUCGGGGGCGGGUGGGGAUUGCCGGAGCAUCACGACUUGCAGGCGUUCGUGCAGUGGUACAGCCAUGACGAACAGCGGGAUAUCAGGGAUGGGCUUCGGCGGCGAGUCUCCAAGACGCUCGAUCCGCUGUCGAAGGCACGCGAUAAGGCAGCCGGCAAGCAGGCCUCUAAGCGGGAGAAGGCCACGCGACAGGCGCAGAAGCGGGAGCUGGAGGCUUCCUCGGCGAGGGAGAAAGCUGCCACGGACGCGCUCGAGCGCUGCCGGGCCCACGCCGAGAAGUGCUCGGACCGCACGACCGCGGCCAUCGACUCUUGGCUCGCGGAGCGGCGGCGGCGGUGGGAGGCCGGGAAAACCCGCUGCCACGAGCUAGCGCCGCCGGUACGGAGCCACGUGGCCGACGGAAACGCCUUCGAUGGCGGGACAAACCAUGUCCCGGCAGGAGAGCAGGCGGCAGCCAUCCCGGGAGCAGCGGUAAACGCUGCAGCGGGGCUAGGUGGAACGCAGGGCGUUGGGACGACGCCACGUGACGGGAAGGCGUCGCUGUCGUGGGCCUGGGGAAGGGACGGAGGUGAAGGAGCGAGAUUCGAAGACUUUUUUGAGACUUUCGCCGGCGGCGAUUAUGACGAGGGGGCCGGGCUGUCUUAGGCGCAUGCUUGGAGUGCGUUGGCUUGCUGGCCAUAUAGAGGUUCAGGGUGAUGGGAAAAAGACUGUGUGUGGUUCUUUUCUCUUUUUGUAGUAUGUCGUCUCCCUAGACGCAGAGGUGCGAAGAAAAACCGUAAGUGUCAUCAUUCGCACGGGAGGAAAGCUUCCGUGUAGAGCUUGUUGUAGAAGUAUUCCCCGCUGCUGUUGCGUGCCACACUACGUAUGCAUUGUUCGAUCGAACUGCUUUGCUGUAUAUUGUGCCGCACCGGUGCGGGGUAUGUUAGGCACACUCGCGGUCUGCUCGCUGCGGGCAACACGCUCGCAGUUCUUUGAAGAUCGCACGAGCACAUUUCGAGGGCACCACGGUGCACGGCAAGGAAGGAAGAUACGACGUUAUCACUCGAACUACCUUUUGCCCAACUAAGUGCUUCAGCAUGGACGAUAAAUAUAGGAAAUCCUAUUCUUGUCGCGCAAAUGCAUUUGUUCUGUUCCGUUUUGUUUUUGAGUGUUUUUUCAUGUUCAGUUUUGGGGACGCAAUGUAUGGUGAUUGGUUCUUGCGCUUUUCCCGUUCGAUUGAUGCUUGUCUGGGUUGUCGUGGGUAUCACACCGAUGGUAUUGAAUAGGUGUUGUUUUCCCGAGACAAGAGGUUCUUCGAACGUCGGGCAUGAGAUGGGGAGGUUUAAGUAGCGUUACAGGCUUCCUGGGAGCAAGCAGUGGCUUCCCGAGACGUUCGAAAACCUUCUUCGUUUAUAUUUUUCCAAUUGUACACAUGAAGGGGUGUGUGGAUGUCGUGGGAAGGCAGGUGGUGUCGGUCUGUCUCGUCUGCUGCUAGGCACCGGUUUAUUGUUGUUCUAUCAGGUAAUAGCUUGGAUCUAUCUUAAGGCAACGUGCCAAUUUGGAUCGGAUUCCCGGUCAUUGUUUCAUGUAGCAGCUUUCUCUGACAGCUGCGAGAGUAGGCAAAAAGGACGCGUGUUUGUACGAUGUAAACAACAGGGUGUGUGUAUCAUAGUACACAGUAUGCUUGAUGGAGAGGCAUGAGGCCCAAUGUAUUGCGACAAUGUCGUUGGAUGCAUACUCCAUACGAGUUGCGGUAUUGUGCUCUGGCAACACGGUCGGAGAGGUGAUGCAAAUCUACGUGAGGAAUAAAGCUUCG